AUGCCUCCUUCCAAACCAAUCCGAGUCGGCUUCAUUGGUCUCUCGACCUCAGGGUGGGCUGCCGACGCACUUGCGCCCAGCCUAAUCUCGCUCAAAAACGACUAUGACCUCGUCGCCCUAUCCACAUCCUCUGAGGCGUCCGCCGCGGUCUCGGCAGCGAAAUACUCAGCGGAUGUUGGGCAUCCGAUUACCGCGUACUCUGGAGACACGUCGAAGAUCGCCAAUGACCCCCAACAUCGACCUCGUCGUGGUCUCGGUCAAGACCCAAUGCACAAGCAGCUGCUGACGCCGGUUAUCGAGGCGAAGAAGGAUUUCUUCAUCGAGUGGCCAGCUGGGAGGAACUUGCAGGAAACGCAAGAGUUUGCCGAGCUGGCAAGGAAGAAUGGAGUCAGGUCAAUCGUUGGACUGCAAGGUCGGAGUUCGAGGGUUGUUGCCAAGCUCAAGGAAAUCAUUGCCAGCGGAAAUAUCGGAGCUGUUCGCUCGACGAGCAUCAUUGCCACUCUUCCGCAGGAAGGAGAGUUUUGGCCACCACUCGUUCACGAGGGCAUGGCCUACACCAUAGUCGAGAGCAACGGAGCGACCUUGCUCAGCAUCCCGAUUGGGCACAUCCUCGAUAACUUUGCCCAGAUCAUGGGCGACUUCGCGUCCGUCAACGCUACAUCCACCCUGUUCCACAAAACAGCGACCAUCAUCGAUGUCAAGACCCGCCAGCCAACGGGUAAGACGCUGCCCAUGACCCACCCAGACCACAUUUCCGUCUCAGGCGUGCUCAAGUCCGGCGCGUUCGCCAGUCUCUUCUGGCGUAGCGGGUACAAGAUGACCCCAGGCCGCCGACGGUUCUUGUGGGAGAUCGAUGGUGACGAGGGAUCAAUUAGGGUCGAGUCAGACCAUAUGCUGGGGCCGAUGAUGUCGAUGUUCGACCCGGCGAUUUAUGUCAAUGGAGAGAAGGUUGAGUACGUGGAAGAAGGAACAGUUGGAGGGUCCAUGCACAACGUGACGGAGGCGUGGAAGGCAUUUGUGUCUGGGGAGGAGGGAAAGUACCCGACGAUCGAUGAUGCCGUGAAGAACCAUAAAUUGUUGGCUGGCAUUAGGAAGAGCUUGGAUGAGGGACGUGUUGUCCGUUUCGAGUAG